CUUAUUGACAUUGCACCAUCAAAACAACUUCGCGUGUUCCGGAACAGCCGUUUCUGUUUGCCGGCUAGUGAAUCAAGUUUUUCCCAAUAUUGUGCGAACACAGAUUUAAGCAUGGAAGAGAAACAAACCAAAAAAGUCCUAACAGAGCAAGAACGGCUCGAAUUAGCGACACAAUUGGAUAAGGACCUGGAUGCCUUCAUCAAUUCCUUGGAGAAAAAGCGCUACACAGAAGGAUGGCCCGAAGAUCGCUGGGAGGAAGAAAUGGCAAAGCAUCCCUUUUUCAUGCAAAAAUCUCCCGAACCGGGCGAAGAACUGAGUCCGUUAAUGGAAGGGCUGCAGCAGCUAAAGUACGAUCCGCAGGAAAACACCGAACAAGAGCUAGCCGAUACGUACAAAGAGGACGGAAAGUUCUACAUGCAACACCGCAAAUUCCGGAUGGCCGUGAUGAGUUACACAGAGGCACUCCGAUACAAGGUUGGUGAUGCGUCUUACAAAGCGAUUUUGUACAAUAAUCGCAGCGCCGCCAACUACAUGCUGAAGAAUUACCGAACAUCGCUGCAAGAUGCUCAGAAAGCGCUGGAGCUUAAUCCAGACUACGAAAAGGCACGAUGGCGAGCGGUUCAAUGUGCUUCCGCGCUCGAUCGUUUCGAGCUGUGCGUGGAGCUCUGCGAUACGGUACUGCAACGUGAUCCUACAAACAGUGCUGCGAUCGAUAUGAGAAAAGCUUGCCUCACACGAAAAGCUGAACAAGAUCGUGAUUCACGCAAGGAAGCUCGCCAGGAGCGGGAAAAACAGCAGCAAUGGGAACGCCUCGUGGCUGAGUUACAGAACCGAAUGGUAAAGUUUGAGGAACGAAAUGCCCUGGAGGAUGAGCGUAAACUCAAACCACGGUUAGCUCCUUUGGAAGAUUUCAUGGUAUCUUGCGAUGAAAAUGGUGUCCUGUCUUGGCCAGUAGUAUUCUGUUACCCAGAGUUUCAUACGACUGAUUUUCAACAGCAACUUUCGGAAACUACAAAAAUGCACGAAGCACUUGAGCAACUGUUUGCGGAACCGCUCGAGUAUGACAAAGCGGGAGUGUACCGUGCAAGUAAAGUAAACGUGUAUUAUGAAAACAGAAUCCUUGGUUUCGCUUACAUGGUUGACAAGAACAAAACGAUCCGAGAAAUUGUAGCGGAACGAUCGUUCGUCGUGUUUCAAGGUACACUUACGUUUUACAUAGUGGUAAAGGGAUCCAAACAGGAGGAAUCUUUCGUUAAUCAAACAAGGAUACCACUCAAAAUAAAUUAUUGAGCUCUCGUUACGACUGAGGAUAAACAAAUAAAAUUACUUUAACGUUUUAAAAAUCAGCACA